AUGGAUCUCGUUAAUCACCUGGAAGGCCGACUUUUGUUUGCCGUCCCCAAGAAGGGCCGCCUUAAUGCCGCGACGCUGAACCUGCUGGAAGGUGCCGACAUCCAAUUCCGGCGCGAAAACCGUCUCGACAUUGCCCUCGUCAAAAACCUCCCCAUUGCGCUAAUAUUCCUCCCCGCUGCCGAUAUCCCAACAUUUGUCGGUCAAGGGCGAGUCGAUCUCGGCAUCACUGGCUGGGACCAAGUGAAAGAAUAUGCUGCCGGCGUCAAAACCCACACACCUGCCUCCGACAAAGGUGCCGGGUGCGAGACGGUGAUGGAUUUGGGGUUCGGCUCCUGCAAGCUCCAGGUUCAAGUCCCUGAAAAGGGCAAAUAUUCUUCAACCAAGGAUCUCAUGGGCCUCACCAUCGGUACCAGUUUCCCCAACUUGACUGCUGAACACUUUGCCAAGAUUGAGGCGGGACUUGAUCCCGCGUCAGACGAGCAGCCUCCCACGCGACUUCUACGUACCAACAUUAUCGAGCUCAGUGGUAGCGUUGAGGCUGCUUGCGCUCUUGGUGUUGCUGAGGGCAUUGUUGAUCUCGUUGAAUCUGGUGAAACGAUGCGCGCUGCCGGUCUCAAGGCCAUCGACACCGUGGUUGAGUCUAGCGCUAUCUUAAUCAAGUCAACGAAACCAUCGAACGUUGAAUUGGUCGAACUAAUUGCCUCACGAAUCCGCGGUGUCAUUACGGCGCAAAAGUUUGUGCUCUGCCAGUACAACGUAGAGCGCUCCAAGCUUGUUGAAGCAACAAAGAUUACUCCCGGGAAGCGCGCUGCCACCAUUACGCAGCUUGACGCUGACGGCUGGGUCGCCGUUAGCUCUAUGGUUGAGAAGAAGAAGAUCGCUCUUGUCAUGGAUGAGCUAACCCGCGUGGGUGCUCAGGAUAUUCUCGUUCUCGACAUCCACAACACUCGGUAG